CGGGAGUUUUAGGGUUUUUCUCUCCCCGCACGCCAGACGCAAGAAACGAAGAAACGGACGAGACCACUCUCAACCUCGGCUCGUUCCGGACCGGGCCCGCUCUCGCCACCUCAGCCGCCGCCGCGAUGCGGUCGCCUUCGCCACCGCCGUGGCGGCUCCGGCGCAUCCGUUUCGCGUUCCCCAUGCUCCUCGUCGUCGCGUCGCUGGCGGGGGCCGACGACCUCGCGAGCGACGCGCGGGCGCUCGUGGCGUUCCGUGACGCCGUGGGGCGGCGCCUGGCGUGGAACGCCUCGGACGUCGCGGGCGCGUGCUCGUGGACGGGGGUCACCUGCGAGCACGGCCGCGUGGCGGUGCUGCGGCUUCCCGGGGCGACGCUCUCGGGGACAGUCCCCGCGGGGACGCUCGGGAACCUUACGGCGCUGCACACGCUCAGCCUCCGCCUCAACGGGCUCUCCGGCGCGCUCCCAGCCGACCUGUCUUCCGCCGCCGCGCUUCGUAACGUCUUCCUCAACGGGAACAGGCUGUCGGGCGGGUUCCCGCAGGCGAUUCUCGCUCUCCCGGGGCUCGUCAGGCUCUCGCUCGGCGGGAACGACCUGUCCGGGCCCAUUCCGACGGAGCUCGGCAACCUCACACACCUCAGGGUCCUGCUCCUUGAGAAUAAUCGCUUUUCCGGCGAGAUUUCCGAUGUGAAGCUACCGCCGCUGCAGCAGUUCAAUGUCUCGUUCAACCAACUGAACGGAUCCAUCCCGGCCUCACUUCGGUCGCAGCCGCGCUCCGCGUUCCUGGGGACGGGCUUGUGCGGCGGACCCUUGGGGCCUUGCCCUGGUGAGGUUCCCCCGUCCCCUGCUCCAGCGGGGCAGACACCGUCGCCGACGCCUGUUCCCAGUGGCAGCGGCGGCGGCGGCGGCACCAACGGUGGAAGCGGCGUAGAAAAUGGCCAUAAGGGCAAGAAGCUCUCCGGUGGCGCCAUUGCCGGAAUCGCCAUAGGCUCUGCCUUGGGCGCCGCACUUCUCCUCUUCCUCCUUGUCUGCCUCUGUCGCAGGUCGGGGGGCAUCAGAACGCGGUCUCUGGAGAUGCCGCCUUCUUCCCCAGCGCCUGCCGGCGGCAGGAAACCUCCCGAGAUGACUAGCGCUGCCGCUGUAGCGCCGUUGACCACGAUAGGCCACCCCAACGCUCCUAUUGUCCAGUCGACGUCCGGUAAGAAGCUGGUCUUCUUUGGUUCAGCGGCCGCCGUGGCGUCUUUCAAGCUGGAGGACCUGCUGCGCGCGUCGGCUGAGGUGCUCGGAAAAGGAACGUUCGGGACGACGUACAAGGCAGUGCUCGAGUCUGGUGCAACUUUGGCCGUGAAGCGCCUCAAGGACGUGACUCUGUCUGAACCUGAGUUCCGUGAACGCAUUUCUGAGAUUGGCGAGCUUCAGCACGAGUUCAUUGUGCCACUCCGUGCUUACUACUACAGCAAAGAUGAGAAGCUACUUGUUUACGACUUCAUGCCCAAGGGGAGCCUGUCUGCAGUCCUGCACGGCAACAUAACUUCUGGCAAGACACCUCUUAACUGGGAUUUAAGGUCAAGCAUUGCUCUAGCUGCAGCCCGUGGUGUUGAGUACAUCCACUCAACGAGUUCAACGGCUUCCCACGGUAACAUCAAGUCAUCCAAUGUCCUCCUGGGCGAAUCGUAUCAAGCACACGUAUCAGACAAUGGCCUUACCGCUCUUGUUGGUCCAUCGUCUUCACCGUCUCGCGCCACUGGAUACCGUGCACCCGAGGUUAUUGAUCCCCGGAGGGUUUCCCAGAAGGCAGACGUGUACAGCUUCGGUGUUCUGUUGCUUGAGCUGGUCACAGGCAAGGCCCCCAGCCAGGCCGCUCUCAACGACGAGGGCGUCAACCUGCCCAGAUGGGUGCAGUCAGUUAGUCGCUCCGAAUGGGGUUCGGAGGUGUUCGAUAUUGAGCUCAUGAGACACGAGGCUGGCGAGGAGCCGAUGGCUCAGCUUGUGCUGCUUGCUCUGGACUGCGUAGCGCAAGUCCCAGAGGCCCGGCCCUCAAUGGGGCAUGUUGUUACGCGGAUAGAGGAGAUCAGGAAGUCAAGCUUGACCACAAACAUGGAGGAAGAAGUUGAUGAUCAAUCUUCCAAGGCUGAAUCCGAGGUGCCGACCAAUCCGUUCGCUUCUUGAUCUCAGUCGACCUAAAAGAGAAUCAGCUAUAACUCUAGCCUGCAUCCAAUCGAUCUUAGACCGAGUCGACUCUUUUUUUCAUCUUUUAGCGUACAUGAUUUAACGGGUAACUUGAUUGUCAAAAGUAGCACGGGUGCACGGCAUCCGGUGCUGCUGAGUUUGACCGGUGGCGGUGUGCUUAGGGACCAGUUCUAAAGUGAUUGCUAAAUUGCUGUGCUCAUUCUAGCCUUGAUUAGUGCUGCUGCUGCUGUCAUUCAGCUACCCAUGUGUAAUUACUGAGCCCCAUGUAGUGUUUGGAAUUUCUUUUUGGCUGGAUC